AUGAAAUACAAAUAUUUGAUAUUUUCAUUACUGUCAUUUGUCUCAAUUACUAAUGCUUUACAUAAAGUUGACUCAACACUAGCAACCGCUUGUCUUCAGUAUGAAUUGCAAUUUAACUGGGGAUGUGGAAAGUCUCGGGGUGCGAACUAUACAUGUUUAUGUUCUAAUGUUAAUUGGCUUGGUACCAUUACAAAUUGUAUUACCGAAGGCUCAAAUGACAAAAAAGGAAUCGAACAUGCUUUCAAACAUGUAGCUGCACGUUGUAACUCUGCAUUUUUUGAUUACACUGUUGACGACAUGUACAAUUUCCAUGAGAAUGGUACAAAUUAUUUAAGAGAUCCAACAGCAUCUGAUUAUACAACACCCGUUAUUGGCACUCUAAGAAAUAACCAAACAACUUAUGAUUGGUAUUUCAGCAAAUAUAAAGACUAUACCUUAUCUGUUAGGACCCAUCAAUGGUUCGGAUGGGGUUUGGUAUUUUUUUGGGUAACUGUUGUCUCAGUCGCAACUUUCUAUAACUUAUUGAGAAAACUCUUUGGUGUUGAAUUAUUAAAUAAUUCAUUGAGAAAACAUUUAGUAGUUCCAUCACUAUAUAAAGAUUAUAAAGAUAGAAGUUAUAAGCUCUUACAUUUUUUUCCAUUGAAUUUUACUACACGUUUAAAUUCUCUGGUAGUUGCUGUAUUUUUAAUUCAAGCCAUUGUCACGGCAUGUGUAGGUUACCACUUGCCUUUGCCUAAUCCAGCUUAUAUGACAGCUUGGCAGAGGAAUACUUCUAUGAUACAGUUUAGAACUGGUAUCAUGUCACUUUCAUUAUUUCCCGUCAUUUAUCUUUUUGGUAUUAGAAACAAUCCAUUAAUUGAAAUAUCUGGUAUAUCUUUUUCGACUUUUAACUAUUAUCAUAAAUGGUGUGCUUAUGUAUGCGCUUCUUAUGCUUUUAUCCACGCAAUUAUUUGGACUGUUGUUUCAAUUAAGUCUGGUUGGUAUAAAUCUGCCUUUUCGUCAGACUAUUGGAAUUAUGGUGUUGCAGCUAUGGUAUUCUUAGGUAUCCUAGUGGUUCACAGUAAAAGAAUUUUUAGAGAUAGAUUUUAUGAAUCCUUUUUGAUUCUUCAUAAAUUGUUAAAUGUGGGAUUUAUUGUCGGUAUGUACUAUCACUGUUUAUCAUUUGGUUGGAUCGGAUGGACUUGGUCAAUGGCCGGUAUUUGGAUCUAUGACAGGUUGAUGAGAGCAAUUAAAAUAUUUCUAAAUGGUGGUAUUCAUGAUGCAAUGAUAACGGAUUGUGGAAAUGGGGUUAUUAAAGCUGUUCUAAAACAUCCAAAAUUAGCUAAAUAUCCAACAGGAUCGUUUGCUUAUUUAUAUUUCAUUAAUGCUAAUAGAUUUUGGUAUUAUACUUUCCAGUCACAUCCAUUUACAGUAAUGAAAGACCCAAAACAAGACCCAAAUAACCCAGAUAGUUUGAUCUUUUAUUUUAAAGCAAAUAGAGGUAUCACCAAGAAAGUAUUAUCAAGAAUCUUAAAAUCUGGUUAUGCUUCUGUAUCUUUUAAAAUGUUAAUUGAAGGUCCAUAUGGGUCACCUUUACCUGAAUGUAAAAUGUCUAGAAGAAGAAAUGUCGGUGUUGCUGGUGGUUUGGGUGUUACAGCAGUAUACCCUCAUAUGGCUGAAUUGUAUCAGAAAGGUCAUAAUAGUGAUUUAUGUCACAAGUUUAUAUGGAUUAUUAAUGAUACUAUUUGUGUAGAAUGGUUUAAAGAGGAAUUGGAUUGGCUUUGUGAUAAAGGGUGUGAAGUUGUAAUUUAUAAUACUAGAUCACAAUCAACAGCUGAUUUAGAAAGUUCCAGUUCUAUUGAUAAAGAAACAGAGGGCAGCACUGACAAGAAGGGUAGCGAGAGGGAAAGUGUCUUUGAAAUUAAAAGAAGAUACGAAAUAGUAAAUCUAGGAUACCGUCCAGAUUUGAAGAAUAUAAUAUUAAAAGAAAUUGAAACAACACAAAAUAUUUCUGAAGAUUUAGAGUUCUACAGUUGUGGUUCCUCUGCAUUCAACGAUCAUUUCAGACAUGGAGUCGCCCAAAGUUUAAGUCAUCAAUGGACAAUCGAUAUAUCUUUAGAGGAAAAGAGUUUCACAUGGUAA